AUGGCUAAUUGGAUCUCCUCCAAGCUCAAAGCGGCCGAGAGCAUUCUCCAGCAGAUCGAUCAGCAAGCGGCAGAGUCGCUUAAGAAGGACGAAAGGCCUCCAUCUGUGGGUAAUUUGGAAGCCACUGGCAAAACUGGAGAUAUUUUGCCUUUGAAGGAUCAGCUCAAGAAGAAGAACCAAGAUGAUAAAGAUUAUCAUGGCAAAUUUCGUAGUGAUCUAAGUUUGAAUGUAAGCAGAAACCAGGAUAAUGUGAUUUCUGCCUCACCAAAAUCCUCGCCAUCGUCAAAACCAUCCACACUUACGGACAGUGACUGGACUGAACUGCUCGGUACACCAAAUCAACCUUCAACUUCGGCUGCAGCCCGCAGUAAUGGUGCAUCCUCAAUUCGUGGUGCAAAGAGAGACGGUCGCAAACCAAGUAAUGCAGGUUCAACUGUGUCGGCGAUGGAUUUCAAGAGAACUCAGAACAACACUAUAAGUAACAAGUCCGUUGGGGAAACCAAAAGAUUAAAUAGGAAGGCAAGUGAUGUGGAAGAAUCUAAUGUUUCAGUUCCAUUGAGGACUGAUACAAGAGUUGAUCUGAAGAGUGACCAAAAUAUUAUGCAUUCUGAAGGUCGAGAACUAGAUAAAAAAGAGGCUGGUGACAAUAUUUUAGUUGAAGCAAAAAGUGUGGAGAAAAAAGAAUGUGGUGGGAAUUUUGAUUCUAAGGGUUUUUCUUUGAAGGAUUCUGUGCUAGCAAUACGAAAUGGUCAUUCCUCAGAAACAAUGCCGGAUACAGGUCAGGCUGACAGGAUAUCUGAUACAAAAAUCAUUGUGAAAGCUGUGCAAAAUCAUCAAGGAAGUGGUGUUUCUGGAAAGCAUAAAUCAGAUGAAGUUUCUCGUAGUUCUAUAUCUGAUGAUGUAAGAAAAGAAUGGACAGGAUCUUCAACUAGUGAUGGGAGUUCUGGUUCAGAUUCAGACUCAGGUUCAGCUUCUGAUUCUGAAAUUGAACGUGAGAGGGAAGAAAAAAGGAGGAGGAGGCAGAAAAUUCUGGCUGAGAAAGCAGCUGCCAAAGCCUUGGAGGCUAUCAAAGAACAGGAAGACUUGGUUGCUAGACUGGAGGGUGAGAAGCAGAGCCUGGAAAAAAUACUGGAGGAUCGAGCAAGAAAGCAAGCAGAAGAGGCUUCAGAGCUGCAGACAUCUAUGAUGGAAACAAUGGAGGCUGUUGAGCUUGAGAAGCAGAAGCACAAUGAAACCCGUAGAGAAGCCCUUGCAAUAAUGGCCAAGCUUGAGACUGAAAAUGCUGAUCUUGCGAGAACCCUUGCUUCUGUACAAUGGAAUCUUGAGUUAGAGGGUAAUCGGGUUGCAGGACUUCGACAGCAGAUUGAACUGAAAGAAACAACUCACGAAGAACUGAGGAGGAGGAUUGCAAGCUCUCAUCAAGCUGGAACAUCGACAAAAUCAUUGCCUUUUAAAGGCAUUGAAUUUGAAUUGGAGAUUCUUGAGGCAGAGCUCUCUCUCAUCACUGAUAAAGUCCUCCAACUGCAGGAGAAGGGGGAGAAGUUGGAAGAAAACAUAGAGUUGAUGAGAAGAGAGAUGGAGGAACCAACUGAAGUUGAAAUUGAACUCAAGAAAAGGCUUGGCCAGAUGACUGACCAUUUAAUUCAGAAGCAAGCUCAGGUGGAGGCACUGUCUUCAGAGAAAGCAACCCUUCUCUUCAGAACUGAGGCUGUGAUGAGGCAGCUAGAAGAAAACAAAUUCAUGGUGAAUACAAACAACAUUUCGAGCACCUUAUCGAGGGACUUGGAGUCCGGAAAAUGGGAACUUUCAGGUUCAAAACUGAGACCAAUGUUAGAGGACAAGAUCCACUCGGGCAAGAAACACCUAGGAUCCUUGAUUCGGCAGCUGGAUGCAAUAUAUGUAGCAGGCAUGGUGUUUAUAAGGAGAAAUCCGGCAGCUAAAUUAUGGUCAGUAGUUUACCUUGUAUGCCUUCACUUAUGGGUACUUUAUAUUCUCAUGUCGCGUUCUCAAGUAGACACAGAGACACUGUCUGGUGCUGUCAUUUCUUUGGACAACAUCAAUGCCUCUUUAAACAUGUGAUUUUUCUUUUUAAAAAUCUAAUAUCUUGAUACCACAAACAUAUUGAAGCCUCUCAUUCAUAAGAUAUACUAUUGAUAUACAUCUU